AUGAGAAGUAGUGGUUUGGUUUUGUUUGCUUGCGCUGGACUCUUGUUUAGUGGUGGUGCCAUCUUGGGCGGAUCCGCAGCUUGGAGUCUGUUCCGGAUGUCGUAUUACUUUUGGACCUCGGACCUCGGCGUGGAGCUAUCUUCUAGCGUGCUCUUCAUAGCGGGCGCGCUGCUGUGUCUCCCAACUUGCUGGCUGUCUACCCUUGUGCCAUAUUACCCUAAAUCUAUUUCAUUAUUGACGACUUUAAUGUCUCUAUUAAUGGCGUCAAUGUUCAUGAUAUCAUUGGGUAUAAGUUCGAUAACGGGCCUUUCGCGAGUUCUCCGCGAGCCGGCCGCUCUGAACGCGAGCAUGGCGCAGGCGAUGAUGCUGGAUGCCAUCGAUCCUGCGGUCCGAAGCUCUUUCGCUGCCAUGCAACUCGAGUUGAAGUGCUGCGGAGUGAAUUCUAACUUGGAUUGGUAUAAGCACCGAAGCUCGUAUCCUCCGGCGUGCUGCGGACGUGCUUCCAAUGAAAAGCGCGGGGAAAGGUGUGAUUUUCCCUUGUACCCGACGGGUUGCUUGCGUCCCGCUCUUAUUCAGCUACGGAACUAUGUGAACUCGCUGUCCGCUCUAGCAUCCGCUAUGAUCGUCUGCAUGGCGGUGACGUUGUUUACGGCAGCUUACACUCUAGUGACGGGGGUCGUGGAACGGGGCGAGACUCGUGUGUUCAAACCGCCGCAGCCGAUGUUCGCUUCCUUCACCGCGCCCUCUGUCAUUCCUAUUGCGACACACCAAAUGUGAACGAACG